AUGGCUAUCGAAGAAGGUGAAAGCGGUCCUAAGCAUCUCAAUAGCUCUGAGUUGCUCAAGAAGAUUGACAAGCUGAGAGAGAAAAACAUUGGAAAGCAUGUUCCUCUUCCUCAGUUGGUUGUUGUUGGAGACCAGAGUUCUGGAAAGUCCUCUCUUCUGGCAAGCCUGACCAAGAUUCCAUUUCCUCGUGAUUUGGAACUUUGUACCCGUUAUGCCACGCAGAUAACCUCCCGGCGUGAGGAGGAUUCCUCUGUUGAAAUUAUUAUUAUCCCUGCCCUGGACGCAUCCAGGGAGCACAGGGCAAAGGUACAGGGCUUUAAGAGGACCCUCAGAGGCACCGAAGACUUUCGCUCGGAAUUUCCAGCAAUCCUGAAAGAGGUCGACGAGUGUAUGGGCAUACGUACUGACCUUUCGUCUAAGGAAGGAUCGGUCUUCAGCAAAGACGUGCUCCGGAUCGAGCUGUGCGGGCCCGAAGAGGACUACCUGACUGUCAUAGAUGUGCCGGGAAUCUUCAGAGACCCGACGGCGGGCAUUACGACUGAGAGUGAUAUCGAGCUAGUUCGAAACAUGGUCAAGAACUAUAUCAAAGAUGCUCGCACGGUGAUCUUGGCUGUGCUCCCAAGCAACGUCGAUCUUGCUACCCAGGAGAUCCUCAAGCUGGCCAAAGAUUAUGAUGGAAAUGGAGAGCGCACGCUUGGUGUGCUAACCAAACCCGACCUGGUGAUCGAGCAAAGCGUCAAGGCAGCUUUGUGCUCACUGGUCCUGGGACACAAGAGACCGCUGACACUUGGCUAUUACUUGGUCAGAAACCAGGGCUCAGAUCAAGACACUUCUUUCAGUGGUGAGGAAGGAGAAAGAAUGUUUGACAGCCAGCCUUGGAAUACCUUGCCGAGAGACCGUAUUGGCAUCCAGGCCCUAAGAGAACGCCUGGGAGAACUCCUGAGCGAAGUUACGGAGCGCGAAUUCCCUGAACUUCGCAAGGAUAUCAAAAACCAGAUUGAUAGAUGCCAGCAAGAUCUGGAACUCCUGGGCCCUGCACGCCAAACUGAACAGGAACAGCGAGCGUUCUUGAGUGGUAUAGCUCGCCAGUUUCAGAGCCUCGCACAAGCUGCACGUGAUGCCCAUUAUACAGAAAAUGAAGCAUUUGUAGAGAGUGACCUCCGGCUUAUCACUCACAUUGUCAAUUUUUCUGAUAAAUUCAGCUCAACUUUCCAGGCCAAAGCACAUCUUUUGCCAUUCGACUGCCCUACCUCAGAUGCAGUUGACAAGAGACAACCAUACAACGACAUGAACAACAAUCCGCACGGGAAGGGCCGCCAUAAAAACUGCCCAAGGGGGAAACCCGACAUGCAUGCCCAGAUGGCAGCCGGGGAUCGCUUUUCCCUGGCUCAGCAUGUAAACGAAAGCCGUGAAGGCCUUGACCCUAACAACUUCCCUGAGUUAGAGCAGAUUGUCAGCCGCGUGGAGGGCACCCAGGAUCCCAAAGGGGAUAUCAAAGCCUGGAUUGAAAAGUUACAUGCUGAGUCUCGAGGUCUUGAUCUCGGGACCUUUGGAAACAACAUUCUCUGCAAUGCUUUCAAGGAGCAGACCGGCAAAUGGGAAGCCAUGACCCGCGGACACGUGAGUAAUGUCAUCAUGGUAGUUCACCGUUUUUUGAGUACGGCAUUGGGAAAGAUUUGCGGGAGCAAACAGCUCUAUCACAAGAUUUGGUCCAGCAUUCUCGAUGACCUUCUACAAAGAUACAAGAAUGCCAUGUCCCAGGCGAUGUUCCUUCUGUCCGUUGAGAGAAACCGCCGACCAUAUACGCUAAACAAUAAUUUCAGCCAUACCCUCCAGAAACUGCGCAGUGCCCGUGUUGCUCAGGCAUUAGAGGACAAUGCCAGAAAUAUGAAUGAUACUUGGUCAAACGCAGAAAUAAAGGUGGUCGAUCUGGAUGCUGUCAAGAAGUCUGCGAGCGACCAGGGGAAUGUGGAACAUAUCACAGGGGAAAUCCAUGACAUCCUGUGGUCCUACUAUCAAGUCGCACGCGAAAGAUUUGUGGACAAUGUUCACAUGCAGGCAAUCGAGCAUUGUCUCCUGACUGGCCCUGAGAGCCCCCUCGAAGUGUUUAGUCAGGAAUGGGUACUCAAUCUAGAGGCGGAUGAGCUGGGAGCAAUCGCGGGCGAAUCGCAAGCGAUUAAAGCCCGGCGUACCAACCUGAAGCAAAAGAUGGAGGAUUUGAAGGCUGCUCUACAAACCUUGAAGUUCUGA